AGCAAGGCCGCCGGUGGUGGCCGUGGCCUGCCGCUCCUCCUGCGCUCCGGCGCCGGCGGGUUCCGUCGCUGCCUGGCCGUGAUCGACUUCCUGCUGCGGGUGGCGGCCUUCGGGCCGACGCUGGCGGCCGCCAUCUCGACGGGCACCGCCGACGAGCGCCUGUCCGUGUUCACGCAGUUCUUCCAGUUCCACGCGAGGUUCGACGACUUCCCGGCCUUCACCUUCUUCGUGGUGGGCAACGCCAUCGCGGCGGGGUACCUGGUGCUGUCCCUGCCCUUCUCCGCCGUGGGCAUCGUCCACCCCGGGGCCACCGGAGUCAGGCUCUUCCUGCUCCUCUGCGACGUGGUGGUGAUGUGCCUGCUCACGGCCGCCGGCGCCGCCGCGGCCGCCAUCGUGUACGUGGCGCACUGGGGCAGCCGGCGCGCCAACUGGGUGCCCAUCUGCAUGCAGUUCCACGGCUUCUGCCAGCGCACCAGCGGCGCCGUCGUCGCCACCUUCCUGGCCGUCCUCGUCUUGGCCGUGCUCAUCCUCAUGGCCGCCUGCGCCAUCCGACGCAGGCGCUAAGCUAUAUAUAGCUGUUGGAGGCGAUUCCACUUUUCCAUUCCAUGCAUGGUGAUUCUGAUUCUAUCAGUCUGUUUCAAUUUAAUGCUUUACUUUAUUUCCAGAGUCCGGAUCAUAUCCAUCAAAUGUGCUGUCUGUACAAUUCCAAUUCCAACAAAGUGUGUUUGUAUGUGAUUGUGAUUGGUUACUCUGCUUGUAUAUUGAGAUCCUUUACAGCGCACAA